UAGGGCUUAUACCAGCCAUUAGUUCUGAUUACUGGGGAGCUUUUGAGGAGCAAAAUGGCAGUGAUGAUUGGAAUCCCUUUCAGAGUUUCUUGGCUUUGUUGCCUGCUAAUUGGUGGGAUAACCUGUUCUACAUCAAGUGAUGGGUGUCCUGCACCAGGUUGUGAUGCAGCAUGUCUCUAUACAGGCUCACUUGGGUCUAAAGGAUAUGGUAAUUACAACUCUCCAACAGCUCAAUUGCAAGUGCAGCUGACCGAAGAGCAACAGAAACAUCUGGCAGCCAUCCUGCAAAAGCUACUGGCCCCCAUGCCCCAGGCACCUGAGAAAAUGUGGUAUCAAACUCAAAUGCCCCAGCAGGAAAAGCAACCGGCCGCCAUGACCCAACAGCUGACGCUACCGGCCAGUUAUCCUAAGCAGCCUCAAGCAGUGUUGUAUCCAGCUCAAAUACCCCAGAAGCAACCAGUUACUGAACUUCAGCAUCAGAAGGAACAGGCCUCCAUACCCCAGCUACCUCAACAAGUGUGGUAUACAGUUAAAAUUCCUCAGCAGCAAAAGCAACCAGCUACUGGUCCUCAGCAGGGGACGGAACUGACCACCAUGCCCCAGAAGCAACCGGCUCCAAUGCCUAUACCGCAGAAACAACCAACGGCUAUGCCCCAGAAGCAACUGGCCACUGAUCCUCAGGAGCAGAUUGAACUGACCGCCAUGCCCCAGCAACCUCAGCAAGUGUGGCAUCCAGCUCAAUUUCCCCAGCAGCAAAAGCAAACGGCUCCUGAACCCCAGCAGCAGAUGGAACCGGCCUCCAUAACCCAGCAACCUCAGCAAGUGUUGCAUCCAGCUCAAAUGCUGCUGAAGCAACUGACUACCAUGCCCCAGCAAGUGUGGUAUCCAGCUAAGCCCCAAAAGCAACUGGCCACUGAUCCUCAGGAGCAGAUUGAACUGACCGCCAUGCCCCAGCAACCUCAGCAAGUGUGGCAUCCAGCUCAAUUGCCCCAGCAGCAAAAGCAAACGGCUACUGAACCCCAGCAGCAGAUGGAACCGGCCUCCAUAACCCAGCAACCUCAGCAAGUGUUGCAUCCAGCUCAAAUGCUGCUGAAGCAACUGACUGCCAUGCCCCAGCAAGUGUGGUAUCCAGCUAAGCCCCAAAAGCAACUGGCCACUGAUCCUCAGGAGCAGAUUGAACUGACCGCCAUGCCCCAGCAACCUCAGCAAGUGUGGCAUCCAGCUCAAUUGCCCCAGCAGCAAAAGCAAACGGCUACUGAACCCCAGCAGCAGAUGGAACCGGCCUCCAUAACCCAGCAACCUCAGCAAGUGUUGCAUCCAGCUCAAAUGCUGCUGAAGCAACUGACUGCCAUGCCCCAGCAAGUGUGGUAUCCAGCUAAGCCCCAAAAGCAACUGGCCACUGAUCCUCAGGAGCAGAUUGAACUGACCGCCAUGCCCCAGCAACCUCAGCAAGUGUGGCAUCCAGCUCAAUUGCCCCAGCAGCAAAAGCAAACGGCUACUGAACCCCAGCAGCAGAUGGAACCGGCCUCCAUAACCCAGCAACCUCAGCAAGUGUUGCAUCCAGCUCAAAUGCUGCUGAAGCAACUGACUGCCAUGCCCCAGCAAGUGUGGUAUCCAGCUAAGCCCCAGAAGCAACUGGCCACUGAUCCUCAGGAGCAGAUUGAACUGACCGCCAUGCCCCAGCAACCUCAGCAAGUGUGGUAUCCAGCUCAAAUGCCCCAGAAGCAACCAACCGCUGAACCUCAGUGGCAUCACGCCAAAUUUCCCCAGGAGCAACCAGUCCCUAUGCGUUAACUGCAGAAGGAACUGACCGCCAUUCCACCACAACUGUGGCAACCCGCUCAAAUUCCCCAGCAGCAUAAGCAACCGGCCGCCAAGCUUCAGCAAGUGUGGCAACUGGCCCCCAUUCCCCAGCAGCCUCAUGACGUGUGGUAUCCAGCUAAAAUGGUCCAGAAGCAACAAGCAGCUGCAACUCGGCAACAGAAGGGACUGACCACCAUGCCUCAAGAGUGGCAUCCAGCUCAAUUUCCCCAGCAGCAGAGGCAACCAGCCCUAAUGCUUUUACCGCAGAAGGAACUGAACGCCAUACACCAGCAACCUCCGCAAGUGUGGUAUCCAGCUCGAAUGCCCCAGAACCAACAAACCAUUGAACCCCAGCAGCAGAAGCAACCGACCACCUUGGCUCAGCAAGUGUGGUCUCCAGCUCAAAAGCCCCAGCUGCAGAAGCAACUGUCCACUGAACCUCAGCAGCAAAUUGAACUGACCACCAUGCCCCAGCUACCACAGCAAGUGUGGCAUCCAAUGCACAAUCCCCAGAAGCAACUGACCACCAUGCCCCAGCAAGAGUGGCAUCCAGCUCAAAUGCCCCAGCAGCAGAAACAACUGGCCACCAUGCUGCAGAAGCAACCAGCCCCAAUGCCUCAACCACAGAAGCAACAGGCCACCAUGCCCCCGCAAGUAUGGCAUCCAGCUCAAAUGCCUCAGCAGCAAAAGCAACCAGCUACUGAACCUCAGCAGCAAAUUGAACCAACCGCCAUGCCCCAUCCACCUCAGCAAUUGUGGCAUCCAGAUCAAUUUCUCUAGGAGCAGAAGCAACCAGCCACUAUGCAUCUACCGCAGAAGGAACAAACCGCCAUUCCACCACAACUGUGGCAAUCCGCUCAAAUUCACCAGCAGCAUAAGCAACCGGCUGCCAUGCUUCAGCAAGUGUGGCAUCGGGCACAGAAGCAACCGGCCCCUAUGCCGCAGCAGCCUCACGACGUGUGGUAUCCAGCUAAAAUGGUACAGAAGCAACAAGUCGCUGCACUGACAGCCAUGCCGCAGACACUUCAAGUGUGGCAUCCAGCUGAAUUUUCCCAGCAGAAGAAGCAACCGGCCUCCACGCCUCUACCGCAGGAGCAACCGACCGCCGUACGCCAGCAAGUGUGCUAUCCAGCUCAAAUACCGCAGAAGCAACCAGUUGCAUGCCACAGAAGCCUCAGCAAGUGUGGCAUCCAGCUCCGACGCAGAAGCAGCUGGACGCUGAUCCUAAGCAGCCUCCGCUAGUGUGGUAUCCAGCUCCAAUGCAGAAGCAACCGACUGCCAUACCUCAGCAAGUCUGCCAUCCAUCCCAAAUGCGCGAGAAGCAACUGGCCCCAUGUCUCAGCAGAAGGACUACAGAAGCACUAAAGUUGGUGGUUCUGGUAGCUCUCAGGCCAGCAUCGUUGAACAGUCAGUUCUCAUCCCAAUCCGUUCCUACAGUUCCAAAUCGCUCUACAAGAAUGGCGAAACUGUCUUCUCCCAAACUCACUACACUCCUGGGAACAUUGUCUGUUAAAAGUGGAAAAGCUCCCAAUGACAGUGCUGGCAUAUUUGAAACAAGCACAUACUCACCACUAGUAAAGGAUCCUACAAGUUAACGUACAACUUUAAUCUUCACUUCACUUUGAUUUCUGAAUUUGAAGUUCUUUAACUAACCAUGUUUCGGCCAACAGGGAAAUCUAAUGGUGGACUCAUCCUUUAGAAGCUGAUGGUGAGACUUUAAUGUCAAAUUCAUGAAAUAAGAUUUUGUUGCUGAUACUUUAAUUUCUUUCAGGUUUUAGUCAUGCUUUUGUUUUGACCAGGAAGUUGCCGUUGCUCUUGCUACUCUUGCAUGAUUGAAUCAAUAAAAAUGUGUCAUUGAAAAACUGA